GGGAAACACGUACGGAAACGUUCGUGAUUGAGAUGUCAGAAGUUCAUCCUGUGCCGAUCGUUGGAUCUCGAAAGCAGAGAACCAACGGCCACGAUCAGACACGCCAGAUUUUUUUCUUCUUCCUAUUUUCUGAAACCCUAACCGUAACCUAACAACGCUCUUCAAUUAUAAUCUUUAACACUCGAUCUGAUCCCUCGAAGCCUCAGAUCAGUUUCUCUCCUCAUCACUCUCAUCAGAUCUCUUCUUCUUCCGAUAAUUUGGGUUUUCUUCUAUAAAACCCUAAUGAGGUACGUGCAGAAAGCUAGCGGGAAAAACUAUAAUCGAAAAACUCAUUUCUCAGUCAUUUUCUCUCAGAAACUGUAGAAGCAAUCCUCCAUUAAAAGGGAAGAUUUAUGGAUUCUGUGGUCUCUUCAACUGGAUGGGAUUACAGUUGUGACUUUGAAGUAGAUUAUGGAUCAAAGGAGCACGCAGCUAUGGUUUAUGCAUCACUAGAUGUGGACAAAGAGUUGCAGCCAGAUAAGGUCAAGAGACUGAUGACCCUAUCGGAUGGCAAACUUAAAGUACACUUCAAAGCAGUGGAGGCCAGAUUUUUACGUGCUUCAUUCAGUGCAUUUGUAGACCUUAUGAUACUUGCCACACAAAUCAUCGAGGAAUAUGGUCAAGAAUGAAGAACAUUUGGAAAAGAAAUGAUGUCUUACAAACAGAAUGUAAUGUGUCUAGUUAAGCAGAGAUGUAUGCAUAAUUUUAAUGUCACUGUCCUAUUAAACCAUUUUUGUGAUCUCAUUGAUUGAAGUUAUGGUCACUAGCUUCCAUAUCCUUGUCUGCUAAAAUGUUGAGUAAAGUGAAUUGUAGCUUCAGAGUUUGCAAAAAUGUUGAGUAAAGUGAAUUGUAGCUUCAGAGUUUGCUA